AUGAGAAUCAAGAAGAAGAACGUUAGCGGCAACGCCAGGAACUUUGUGACUCGUUCACAAGCAGUCCGUAAGCUGCAGAUUUCUCUUGCAGACUUCAGAAGACUAUGUAUCUUCAAAGGAAUUUACCCUCGGGAACCACGUAACAAGAAGAAAGCCAACAAGGGCUCGACGGCCCCCACGACUUUCUACUACUUCAAAGAUAUCCAGUAUUUGAUGCACGAACCUGUGUUGCAGCGUUUUCGUGACCAUAAGACAUUUGCCAAAAAACUCACCAAAGCACUUGGCAGAGGUGAAGUCUCUGCUGCCAAAAGACUCGAAACCCACAGCCCCGGCUAUAAGCUCGACCACAUCAUCAAGGAACGUUACCCAAGUUUCGCCGAUGCGCUCGGAGACAUCGACGACGCUUUGAACAUGCUGUUUUUGUUCGCCAAUUUGCCCGCUUCUGACCAAGUGUCGGCUAGAGUCACUCAGGAUGCCCAAACUAUCUGUAACCAGUGGUUGGCAUACGUGUCGCGCGAAAGAGCCAUUCGUAAAGUGUUCGUCUCCAUCAAGGGUGUCUACUACCAAGCUUCUGUGAAGGGAGAAGACGUCAGAUGGCUCGUUCCUUACAAAUUCCCCGAAAACGUUCCAAGCGACGUUGAUUUCAGAAUCAUGCUUACAUUCCUCGAGUUCUACUCCACACUGAUGCAUUUCGUGCUUUACAAGCUUUACACCGACUCGGACCUCGUCUACCCACCAAAAUUGGAUUUGGCCAAAAACAAGAUUAUCGGUGGCUUGAGCGCGUACGUUUUGGAGAGUAACGCCGAGGCAUCAAACCUGACCGCACCACAACUAGCUGCCACGUCGUCUGAGGCGCAAUCUUUGGAUUCAAGUGCUCUAUCUUCUGCUUUGAAAGCUGAUAAUGCUGGUGACGCGAACGAACAAAAAGAAGGCGAAGAAGAAGAUGAAGCAGCAGGGGAAGAGGAUGCCUUGGACACUUUCGAAGACAACAGUAAAAACAAGGGUGAUACCUUGGAACAACCCAGUGAAUAUGAUUCACCAGCAGCCACUUUAUUCUCAGACUUCGUAUUCUACAUUUCUAGAGAAGUUCCAGUCGACAUACUUGAGUUUUUGAUCUUGUCGUGUGGCGGUUCAGUGAUUUGCGAAGCCGCAUUGGAUCAACUGGACUCUGUCAAGGACAUCGACUUGUCAAAGGUCACCCAUCAAAUCGUAGACAGACCCGUUUUGAAAAACAAGGUUGCUGGAAGAACAUACCUCCAACCUCAGUGGGUUUUCGAUUCCAUUAACAAGAGUGAGCUUUUGUCUGUGAACAAAUACCUGCCCGGUGAGUCUCUACCGCCUCAUUUGUCUCCAUGGGGAGAUGCGGGCGGAUACGAUCCAGAAGCUGAACCUGUUGAGGAAGAAGGUGAAGAUGAAGAAGAGGAUGAAGAAGAAGAGAUAGAAGAGGCUGAGACAGCUGACGCGAUCGCUGAAGAUGAAAGUGAAGAGGAGCUUGAAGAUCAAAAGGAGCUUGAACUUGAAGCCAAGGGUAUUUCUUAUUCCGAUUCGAAGGACAAACAGGACGAAAAGAAACCUAAGAAGUCAGCCAAGCGUAAAGUAACUGAAGAAGAAGAAGAGAAGGAUUUGAGGACUAUCAUGAUGAGCAACAAACAGCGCAAACUCUACAAGAAGAUGAAAUACUCGAAUGAGAAAAAAGAUGAUCGAGUUGACAAGUUGAAGAAAAAGAAGAAAGCCAUUGCCAAGGCAAAAGCGAAGUUGAACGACUCGGAAAAAUAA